AUGGACCGGUGGGUUGGGAGUGUCGAGACGGUCGCAGGCGGCGUGAGCGCCGUGGACGCCGCGGUUGAGGGGGUUGUGCAGGGGCUUUUGGGCGUCGCAGAGCAGUACGCGGCCGACGUGUCUCAGGUAGAGGCGGUGGGGAGGGCCAUCAGCCACGGCGUUGCAAACUCUUCCGCCGCCCUCGUGAGCUGCCUCGCGGACCUCGCCACAAUGAGCACGGCGAUGAAGGACGCCAUGGACGCCAACCCAGGAGAGGCGCACAGUCUACUGAUGAAUCUUUUUGGAGUUUUCGUCAAGCAGCUCACGAUGUACUACAAGGAGAGCUUCGAAACUUUUAGGAGGGCCGAAGUGACGCUGCGCCAGCAGCAAAUUCUCCGUUGGAAUCAAAGAAGUGAUAUGGACAACAGCACUAGUACAAAUAGCAAUUUCACUCUUGUAACAGAGACACGGCCCUCGCUUGGCGUUGCGCCGCCUGUGGCUUCCGGUGCCCCUAAAGGGGCGACGAAGGAGUCCGCCGGGGGGAGGCAAAAAAAGGCGCAUGAUUCCAGUAAUGACAACCCCGUCCUCCUCCCCAGUGAACCGAAGCAGCAGCAGCAGCAGCAGCAAGAGAAUCUGAGGAAGGGGAAGAGUGACAAAGACACCGCCGAUGAGUACGCGUUUGCCCCAAGGACUACCGCCGAAAAUGAGGCGACGCAGAAGGAGGGUCAGGGAGAUACUCACAAGCGAACACCACCUUCAACGAGGGAGGUAGUGGCUGUGCAGGAGCCAACGUACCUCCACGUGGUCUCAACGGUGGAGGACGCGCUCGGUCGCUUGGUGCUGUCUAGCAGGCCAAAUGUUUUUAGUGCUCCCGAGUUGAUUGAGCGUCAGUCACCGAUAGCGUCGUAUUACGUUAAACUCCCCGCCCCCGGCUCGUUGGGGUCGUUGCUGCUAUCCAAUUAUAUUGCGCUAGGGGAUGACAUGCAGGCAGACUUAAUGUGUGACAUUCUGCAAACCGAUUGUGUGGAAGUGGAACCAUUUGAGUCGCCUGCCGGCGAAAUCUUUGUGGAGGAUCCAUUGGACCUGCGCGAAUUGCCCCCUUGCGGUUGGCGUAUGGGCUCCAGCGAGGAUCAUCAACAGAUGCUAUACACGCUUUAUGUAUUGAUAAUUCGUGGGGCAAAAAUGUCACCCACCUUACUGAUUCAGGAAUCCCUCGUCAUUAAUUCAGAACGGGAAGAGGUAGUGCAUGAGAUCACCCCAGUUCCCGAGGCACCACAGAUUGCCAAGGUGACAGUGCGUGGUUUUGACCCCUCUUCAUCGCGGAGCGCCUCGCCCAGUAAAAGGUACAAGAGUGAGCGUCUAUUGGCUAUUGUAAAUAUUACCAAAAAUACCUACGAGAGGAAUGGGUUUGUAGAGGUUAAGAAAGAAGAAGUAAAUGCGGUGGUGCAGCAGCUCCACACCCAUGAUCGGUUGACGCCGCGAGAGGAAGCGCUACUGACUAAGCGCAACGCCGCCGUGAACAAGACGGCGGCAGCGUUUCAAGGCACGGUGGAGCUGGCGUCACUUGAGCAGCCUGGAGAGCAGGAGGGAUGGGGAUUGAGCGACGUUGCGAAGGGGGCCGUGCGGGGGGCUGCUGCAGUUGUCUUGGCCCCUGUUUCUGUGGGAAAAGCUGUUGGGAACGCUGUGCUUGACGUUUCGGGUGUGACCGGUGCCAUUAAACAGCAGAUGGAAGGUGUUUUUCGCAAGUCCUUUCCAAACCUGGCCUCGGAAGACAUCAUUGAAACGUUCAAUUGUGCCCUUGUGGACGAAGGCAACCCUUUACCAAAGCAGGGCUUCAUGUUCAUUACCCCACGUUGGCUUUGCUUCCAGGCUGGUCUCUUGAGUGCCAACUUUAGCUUGGAGUGGGAUGAAAUCAGGGACAUUAAAAAGCAGCGAACGGCAAAGGUGCUAGAAAACGCCAUUGCUAUACACACGCACUUGGGCGGGACGUACUUUUUAACUUCCUUUCUCCAACGAGAUCACGCGUAUAGUGCCAUGAUGAAGCAGUGGCUGAGAAAGUAG